UUCGUUCUAAAAACGUCAGUCUGAAUAAAAAAGUUGCACGAUUUUGCUACUGUGCUCUCUUUGAUAAAGUUGUUUUGCGAGAUAAGUUUGCACAAUAUUUUUCCAGAAUUACAACGCUAUUUAGCAAUAGAGGAUAUAUUUCACAUUGGUCGAUUAGACGUUUUUCAAGCAAACAAAAAAUUAAGACCCUGCCGAAACAAUGAUUCGCGCUGUGUCACGAACAAUACGGCAGCCACUUUUCCGAUGGAGUGCCAGUACUGGCGUAACCGGUCAUCACGGGGCAAUUUUUCCUCUUCAGAAUCUGCUGCACCAAUCUUACAAUGAAAGACUACCCGAGGUCCAAGUCCGGUACAAAUCGACGCCCAUCAACACUGUUAUCAUGUUCGUUCCGCAACAAGAGGCCUGGAUUGUCGAACGAAUGGGGAAAUUCCACCGAAUUCUUGAACCCGGGUUGAAUGUAUUACUGCCGGUAGUAGAUCGCGUUAAGUACGUCCAAAGUCUGAAGGAAAUCGCUAUCGAUGUUCCGAAACAAUCUGCAAUUACCUCGGACAAUGUCACUCUUAGCAUCGAUGGUGUACUUUACCUACGGAUUCUCAAUCCUUACCUAGCUUCCUAUGGGGUUGAAGAUCCUGAGUUUGCCAUUACGCAGCUGGCUCAAACAACAAUGAGAUCCGAACUAGGUAAGAUGUCGUUGGACAAAAUUUUCCGAGAGCGUGAAUCACUCAACAUCAGCAUCGUGGAUUCCAUCAACAAGGCCUCUGAAGCAUGGGGUAUUUCGUGUCUUCGUUAUGAAAUUCGUGACAUUAAACUGCCAAGUCGCGUCCAUGAAGCUAUGCAAAUGCAAGUAGAAGCUGAACGUAGAAAACGUGCUGCUAUUCUGGAGUCUGAAGGUGUACGGGCUGCUGAAAUCAACGUAGCUGAGGGCAAACGCCAGUCUCGCAUACUUGCGUCCGAAGCCCAAAAGCAAGAGGAGAUCAAUCGUGCGAAUGGUGAAGCAGCAGCGCUCAUCGCUGUUGCUGACGCACGUGCCAAGGGUUUACGGGUCGUGGCUGAAUCCUUACUGUCGAAGCAUGGCAGAGAUGCUGCAUCACUAGCGGUGGCGGAAAAAUAUGUGAAUGCUUUUGAAAAUCUGGCCAAGGAAAACAACACGCUAAUUGUUCCAUCGAAUGCGGCGGAUGUGUCUUCGAUGGUUGGUCAAGCCUUGCAAAUCUAUAAAAGUCUAUCGAGACCAUCCGCUAAGCUGAUAGAACCAGAGGGUGAAGCGACUGUGGAGAGUACAGUGUAUGAAGCUGAAGAUGUUGCUGCUAAGAGGGAUACCACUAAAAUCGUUGAAUAAUCUCAGUCGGGAAGUGUUGCAGGGUUAUGAAGUUAUGCUUAGUAGACAAACAUUGUCCAAUUGGCAUACAAAUAAACAUAAAGUUGUUAUGCUACGUGAUUCAGUUUUGGCAUCGAAAGAAACAUUACAGAAGAAGUAUUCAAGAGCCACUUAAUCUGUUGAUGUAAAUAAAGUUUAAGGUAAAUUA